AUGGGUUCGCGCAAGAAGUCCGUCUCUGAGAAGGAAGCCGAUAUCGAGUCCGUCUGGUCGGAUGAACCGUAUGGCUUGGAGGAGCGCGACUUCAAGAAGAAGCAGACUUUCAAAGGGUGGACUCUGCUAUAUCUUGCAUAUCAGUCGACAGGUGUAAUCUAUGGAGAUAUUGGCACAAGUCCUCUAUAUGUCUACUCAUCCACAUUUACCUCUGAGCCCUCGAGGGACGACCUUCUCGGCGCGCUGUCUCUGAUCAUUUGGUCAUUGACUCUGAUUGUCACAUUCAAGUAUGUCUUGAUCGUGCUGGCUGCCGACGAUGAAGGAGAAGGAGGUACUUUCGCCAUAUAUACACUUUUAUCCCGCUUCAGUGAAAUCAUGAAAAGAGAUCCUCGAACAUACCACGCCAUAAAGAUGGAAAGAUACCCCAAUGCGGAGCUUCCCAAACAAAGUCGCAGUAUCAGAAACUGGCUUGAGAAGAGCAAAAUUGCACAUGCUCUGCUGAAGGUAUUGGCUGUGUUCGGUGUGAGUCUGAUCAUCGCCGACGGCAUCCUCACACCCGCACAAUCUGUUCUCGGAGCUAUCCAAGGUCUUACGGUGGUUGACGAGAAUAUCGGUAGCCCGACCAUCAUUGGUGUCAGUUGCGCUAUCCUCGUCUUGCUGUUCCUGUUACAGCCUCUAGGUAUACAAAAGCUUGCAAAUUGCUUUGCUCCAAUCGUCAUCCUUUGGCUUCUGUUCAACGCCUCAUUCGGUAUCUAUAACUUGGUCAUGCAUGACUGGACGGUUCUAAAAGCUUUCUCUCCCUACUUUGCAGGCCUUUACUUCAUGCGACUAAGGAAACAAGGCUGGCUAUCGCUCGGUGGCAUUUUGCUCUGCUUUACGGGUGUGGAGGCUCUCUUUGCUGAUCUUGGUGCUUUCAGCAAGCGUGCCAUUCAGAUUUCAUGGCUCUGCCUUACGUUUCCGUGUCUUCUCCUAGCAUAUAUCGGACAAGCAGCGUACAUUUCGCGCACUCCUUCGGCAUACUCGAACCCGUUCUUCGAAACUGUGCCUCCAGGCAUGUUCUACCCCUCGCUUGUCCUUUCGAUUCUGGCCGCCAUUGUUGCUUCACAAGCGCUCAUCACCAGCACUUUCCAACUGCUCAUACAACUCAUGCACUCUUCGUACUUCCCACAAAUCAAGGCGACAUAUACGAGUACUGCUUUCCAUGGUCAAGUUUACAUUCCUCUUGCGAAUUGGAUCAUGAUGAUCGGAACCGUCAUAGUCACUGCCGUCUACAGCAACACUACCAAGCUCGGUCACGCCUAUGGUGUCUGUGUCAUUCUCGUCACAUUCAUAACCACGAAUCUAGUGACCCUGGUAGCCUUGAUCGUCUGGAAGAAGAAUCCCUUCCUCGUAUUUGCCUUGUGGCUGCCUCUCGUCACUCUUGACGGCCUGUAUCUUUCCUCUGCACUCACAAAAGUGCCCGAUGGCGCAUGGUUCACACUCCUCCUCGCCGUCCUACUCGCUUCCUUCUUCAGCCUCUGGCGCUACGGCAAAGAAAAGCAAUGGGCCACCGAAGCCAAAAACCAAGCCCAAUUAUCCGAACUCGUCGCGUACUCCUCGAACAACCUCUCUUCGUCAACCGCCAUCCCAGAUGCCUCCGCGAAAAAGAGCUUCCACCUCUCCUGGCGCCACGGCGGCGGCGAGUUGACAGAAACAAAAGGCAUGGGCAUCUUCUUCGACAAAUCGGGUACUGACAUCCACGUCCCUCAAGUCUACGAACACUUUAUCACGAAAUUCGAAGCUCAGAUGCAAGUGGUUGUGUUCUUGCACUUGAGAGCAUUGUCAGAACCUCAUGUGCAUGAGGAAGAACGGUAUACCAUCGCACGCACACCAUUACCCAAUGUCUAUCGCAUGACCAUCCGCUACGGCUACGUUGACAGGGUAGUAACACCUGACCUGGGCAAACUGGUCUACGAACAAGUGCGCAUGGCAAUUGUACGCGGCACAGUCCUCACUCGCCCCAAAUCCACCAUCCCAGAAACCGUCAUCAGCAAUGUGCACAACACCAUCACCACUUUCGCCGCUGAGCCUUCCAUCGCCGACAAUACAGACACACACACUUCGGGUGUCACCGCAGCAAUAACUUCCCGCCGCUUGCUAGCUCUGGACAAUGCAUUCAAGACACAAACUUUGUAUCUGGUGGGUAAACAGCAAUUGAGAGUUUACGAAGAUACGACGAUGGUGAAGAAGGUUUUGCUGCAGAGUUUCUUGUUUGUGAGGGAGAAUACGAGGGCGAAAGUUGCGCAACUGGAUGUUCCGGUGGAGAAGCUGGUCGAGGUGGGAUUUGUAGGUGAGAUGUGA